AGAUAGAAAUUCAUACUGAGGUGUGUGCAUGGUGGUGCACAGCCCAGAGGUGAAUACCUUCAUUAGUGUCGGGGCCAUAUUGGACGUAGAAAGAUUCUUGGAUGGAAUGAGUAAAAAAACAAAACUGCAACUUUUGGUUGGAGCUGCUGAUUAAUACUGUGGGUAACAAUUUGGUGAGGGACUUAUUAAUGUUAAAUGGAAGAGUUGCAGAAUUUUGUAACACUCUACUUUAUUCAACUAGACUGGCAUUAAAAACCUUCAGUGAUGUCUAGGAAACCAGAUCGUGGCACGAAAACAGCGCCGCCAAAAGUGCUAGAUGCGGAGGCGCGAAAGCGUCAAGUCCGACACCACCUUGAUUCUUUAGAGCGCGAUAACUUCGUAGCUCUGAAUGAAUACGAGGCUAUCAUCGCUACUGCCGCUGCUGCUGCCACGGCUCAAGGACCCAUCAGUCUUACCCACACCAACCUCGACCCUCUAGGGAUUUUACCACCCCUUGGCUCAUCAGUUGGUUCCAUUGUUGGAGGCGUUGUCGGUACUAUUGGGCUAGGGGCUGUGGCGGCGGGGAAUAAACCCUCAGGAACAUUAUCUGGAAGUCGAUCCAAAAAACAUAACAUUCAUACGUCAAGCAGUAACACGGCAAACCACGGUAAUAGCAGUAGCAUUCUCAACAAUAGUUCUGCUUCUAGUUCGAGUCCAAUGGUUGGUAGCCGGAAACCAUUAUUAUCACGCAAACCAUUGAGCCAGCUUCUAGAAGAAUCAGGGCUUUUGACAGAUAGCCUUAAUAAUAGUAUUCCCACGUAUGUAACAGCAGCAAUGGGACCCAGUCGAUAUCCAGAUCGACAAUUUUGUUCAGUCUGCGGCUGGAAAGGCAGGUAUCGAUGCAAUCGAUGCGGCAUGCGCUACUGUGAUCUCAAAUGCCUAAGAACCCAUGAAGAUACUAGGUGUAUGAAGUUUACAAUCUAGGCAAAAUUUAAGUGGCUUAGUUUAUUAUCCAAUUACUUAAAAAAAAAAAAAAAAAAA